AUGUAGGGGGUGAGGGUGUUCAGCAGGCCCUACUUCGCAUGAUGGAAGGAAGCAUCGUCACUAUUAACGCGAACAAGGGCAAUGAAAAUGGAAUGGGCCCACCUCCGGGCGAUCGGAGGGGACGAAAUCAUAAUGCCCCGAGCCAGGACACCUACCAAGUUGACACCAGUAACAUCCUAUUCAUUCUUUCUGGAGCAUUUGUUGGACUGGACAAGAUAUCGCAGUCCAUCGGAUUUGGGGCAACCCUCCCCACUCACAGCCAAGAAGAGGAUAACUUUACUCCAUUUUUUACGAAAAGCGGAGAAAAGGCUGAUAUCUGGAGCUUAGUUGAACCAGCAGUCAUCACCUCUCUCAAUCAGUUGACGAUUGCAGACCUUCUACGCAUCCUUACGGAAGUGAAAGGCUCAUUGGUAUCUCAGUACACCGCACUAUUUGGGUAUUCUGGUGUUGAGAUUCGGUUCACCAAUCCAGCACUCCGGGAGAUCGCUAAACUCGCUAAGGAGCGAGGUGGCGGAGCAAGGGGUCUCCGUGGCAUUAUGGAGACACUACUCUUAGACGCUAUGUAUGAUGUGCCUGGGUCGGGGGUAAGACAUGUCUUGAUAAAUGAAGCCGUUGUCAAAGGCAAAAAUUCGGCACUUUACUGGUCCAGAGGGGAAGGUGCUGCUUUCUGGCACGAUUGGGCUAUGGAAGAGGAGCAAGACGCGAAGAGUCGCAGUGUUGAGGACACUCAAAAGGAUAUAGGCGAAAACAAGACACGCUCUGAUAGCUAUGAUAUUCCCCCCAAAUUCGAUGUAACACUGGAACAGUUCGAAUCAUGGGCUCUAGAUCGACUACGCAUUCUAGCGGAAAUCGAGUCUUCGUUCGUUCGAAAUCGCAAUCAUGAAGAACUCAAAACUCUGGUGGUUACACAACAGAAGAAAUAUCUCUCGCUCAACAGCAAUACCGCAGCCAAUGUCGACAAGGACUCUGAACGCAAAAAGGACCAUGUUAGCCACUUUGUACUCAGACUGGCAUUCUGUCGUUCCGAAGAACUUAGAAAGCGCUUCAUUAAAGCCGAGAUGGCACUAUUUCGAAUUAGAUACGAUACAGACGAUCCCAGAGAACGGGCGGAAUUCCUCUUAAGCCGGGAUUUCGGGUGGAGUGAGGUAUCCCCGGCUGAAAAGGCUGAAUUGGAAGCCCAACUUCGUCUCUAUGUCCCUCCCUCUGCGGUCAAAGAUUUUCCAUCAGAGCAAUACUUCAAAGUGCCUUGGACACGUGUUCCCGAUUUAGUGGAGAAACGAAGGGUUUACCUUCGAGCCGGAAUUGCGUAUGUAGCCAAACGGGAGCAGUCGAGUAUCAUCUUCCAGCAGUUCCAAGCCGAGCUCGAAAGGGCCUUGGAGCUCACUGCGAGAGCACUCCCAAGAAUGGACGAGGAUCGCCUCACUCCGAUUCUGAAUCACCUAUCCAAAGGUUUCCUAGCAGGCAUUUCUUCUGAAUAUUCGAGUGCACCAGCAAGUGGUGAGGCGGUAACAGCUGAUAUGAUUGACGACUUAGCCCGAAGACACUUCCCUAUGUGCAUGCGAAGUUUACAUAACAACUUGAGGAAGGAUCACCACCUGAAACACCAGGCUCGACUACAAUACG